UCAAAAACUGGGACCAGCACAAUUGGUUUCAUAAAUAAUUGUAAUCUUCUUUAUGUCCUUCUUUUUAUCUGACAUUGUGUUUUUCACAUCUUCUUUGCACCUACAGUACUGUGACGCAAUUCCAUCCAAGGUUGCAUGUGUGUAUGCCAUACCAUUGGGAGAGUGACUCUCAUGAAAUCUUUUUGAGACUAUCGUGGGUUUCCUGCUGCCCUUCACCUUCAUCCUGUUCUGCUACAUCUCAGUGAUCUGUCGGCUGCGUAGCGCAAUGUUCCAGCGCAAAGGAAGAGGAAACGCCCUCAUCCUCCUCAUCAUCGUUGCAUUUGCCGUCUUCUGGCUGCCGUAUCACCUCAUCAACAUCCUACAGGUGAUUGGUGUAAUCCAGGGCGGCUCCUCUUCUGUUUUAAAAGCGGCGAAAGUGGCCCGUCCCAAUGUGACAGCGUUCGCCUUCAUGAGCAGCAGUGUGAACCCCGUCCUGUAUGUGUUUGCUGGCAGCUCUCACAUCCGUCAGGCUGGUCUGGGCUUCAUGGCCAAACUCUUUGAAGGAACCAACUCUUAGUCGGCCUCCACCCGCAGCAGUCGCGGCUCUAAUGCAGAGAGCUCUGUUUUCACCAAGCUGUCCGUCAAACUGAGUCGUAAAGGGGACUGGGCGAGAGACGAGACCCCUGGUGGUGAAGACGAGACCAUGGCAGACGUACAGAACAGAAAUGAGAUGAAGACUCUGACCACCCUGCAUUAAAGUGCUCAUAUCUAUUCUCCAUUUAUAAUGCUAGAAAAUGUUGCUGGACUCCCAGUAUCCCAACUGAAAUAUCAUCUUCUGCUGCUGCUGUUUCAGAAUAUAUGUCUUAUUUUCUCAGUCUAAAAGCUUGAUUGAAAUGUGAGAAUUAAAAUAUUGUCAUUUU